GGAGGAGGAGGAGGCCGGAGGGACGGAGGGGGCGGCAUGUGUUCCGUGGGGUGGCUGCUCCGCCGGAGCUUCCUCCGAGGCCCCCGGGGCUGGGAGGGCUCUGCAGCGCCGCUUCGGGAAGGGGGACCCCGGCCCUCCUCAGCACAGUACACAACAACCUACCUUUGGCUUCCUGUUUGACAUCGAUGGAGUAUUGGUGCGAGGGAAGACACCAAUUCCUGCUGCAAGAAAAGCCUUUCAAAAACUACUUAAUUCUCAGGGAGACUUUUUGGUGCCUGUAGUAUUUGUCACAAAUGCAGGAAACUGUCUACGUCAGAAGAAAGCAGACCAGUUGUCCCAUAUUCUUGGAGUGUCAAUUUCCCAAGAGCAAGUCAUGAUGUCCCACAGUCCCUUGCGAAUGUUCAAACGUUACCAUGACAAAUGUGUCCUUGUAUCUGGCCAAGGGCCACUUCUUGAUAUUGCUAAGCACAUCAUCAGUCUUGGAUUUUGCCACCCUAUUACAAUUGACAGGCUGCGAGAAACCUAUCCAUUAUUGGACAUGGUUGACCAUGACAGAAGACCUAAAGUCUUGCAUUCACCUGCAGUUGAACUUCCUAAGAUUGAGGCAAUUAUUUUGUUUGGUGAGCCAGUGAGAUGGGAAACUAACCUGCAGCUAAUAGUAGAUGUUCUUUUGACCAGUGGCUAUCCUGGAAAUCCAUAUCCUCAGGGAACCUACCCACAUAUUCCUGUAUUGGCUUGUAAUAUGGAUCUAAUGUGGGCAGCAGAAGCUCAGUCUCCAAGAUUUGGACAUGGAACAUUCAUGGUUUGUCUGGAAAAUAUUUACAAAAAGAUCACUGGCAAGGAGCUGAAAUAUGAGGCUUUGAUGGGAAAGCCUAGUGAACUGACUUAUCAUUAUGCAGAGUACUUGAUCAGAACACAAGCAGCUGCAAAACAGUGGAAGAAACCUAUUCGAACUCUGUAUGCCGUUGGGGAUAACUUAAUGACAGAUAUUUAUGGUGCUAACCUUUACAACCGCUACCUUGAAGAGAACAGCUCAAGAAGAGGUUCCAAGGCACGGGUCCAUGCCCAAGCUGCUGGUGGCACAAGGUCCACCACAAUAUCUCAGGAAGAGGAACUCGACAACAGCUGGGAAAGUGAAUUAGCAUCUGCUACUGCCACAAACUGUCGGUCUGUCCUUGUUUGCACUGGGGUUUACAAUCCUCACAUAGAAGUUCCCUCUGAUACAAGGGAGAGCAUAACUGAGACUGUGUUUCAUGGGCACAGAGAUUUCAGAUUUGAUCCAGCUUUAGUAGAACCAAACCACAUUGUGCCAGAUGUUGAUGCUGCUGUUGACUUAAUCUUCCAGCUGGAAAACUUCGAACCAAAUGAAGAUUGCAGGACUUCUUAACAACGUCUUAACAAUUAUGCUUAUUACUUUUUUAAAAAAACAAAUGAGGGCACUAAAUAGCGCACACUCUCUAACCUGUUUUUGUUUGUAUGUGUAAUACUUCUAAUACACUCCUAUUUGUUCUAACAGCACUUCCUUUAAAUUUUACUUUCUAUGCCACUGAUGUUUUUCAUUUGUCAGUGCCCUAUUUUGAAUUUUGCUUUUUUAAUGGAUUUUUUUCUGCAUGUUUUUUUUUGUUUCGAAAUCUUGUAUUUCUCUUAUCUAACAAUUAUUAUUUUACAUUUAAAAGAACACAGUACACAGUAGCACUUUGAUAUGUUUUGAAACAAUACUAACUAAUGGACAGCUACAUUAUACCAUAUAAUAAGCCAAAAAACUUUUUGAUACUUCAUCAUUUAUGCCACACUGACAUAAACAAAAAAGCUGUUUCACAGAUUAUCUGCUCCUUGGUUGUGAUGUAUCAUGAAUGUCUACUGUGCAAGCCCCCUUGAAAUGACUGGAAUUUCUCAAGACUGUGUCUACCGUUAUGUAACUAUUCAUUUUACUGGGGCUUUGGAUUGUGUCCUGUAUCGCCCAUUUACAUUACCUUCCAGACUCUAAUGUAUAAAGAUGAUAUCCCUAGAUAUUUAAAUUCUUCACUGAUUUUACAUUGAUUACUCAUCUUACAUUACCGCCUGUGUCCUAUUGUGUCCUAGUCUAUCAGUGGAAUAGAUAUUUAAUUACAAUGAAAUGUGUUAUAAAGAGCUAAAAUGUACCCUCAUACUUUUGCUUCACUAUCAGAAUGAGAGUGAAAAAUACAUUAUGGAUAGAGUGUACACAUCACAUUGGAAGCAUCU